AUGUUUUUUAUUGGAUUAAUAUUAGAUCAUUCUACAAGUUUUCCUGACUAUCCAUGUUUACAUCCUGGUUAUCGUGAAAAAAAUUACAUGGUAUGCUUUGCAACAUAUUCAGUUUUUAUUGCAUUUGCUUUAUUCAUUGCAACACAAUUCACAUUUCAAUAUGAAGGUGAUUCAGAGAGUAUGUAUUUUAAAUUAGUGAAAGAUAAAAUGGCUAGAACAUUUUUGGGUAGAACAACAAAAAGUCGUUCAAAGUUAGUAAAUGAAGAUGAUGAAGAGGAUGUUGGUGCAAAAGAUUGGAAACCUGACCCAUUACUCCAUGAAAUAGAAACAGGAAAAGUUACUAGCAAAGAGAAAUCUAAACACAGUAAUGAAGAAAUCUUAGAACAACAACUUGGAAUCAAAAUUGUUCAAAAAAAUGAUGGAGUUAAGUUGAAAAGUCAAAAUACGAUGGAUGCACAACAAGAAGAAUUAGCUGCUGCAGCUCAAUUAAAAGUAACAAAUUGGUUUUAUGCAUUGAAACAAUUUCGUCAACCAAGUUUAUUGGCAUUCUUAUUCGUGAUAUGGUUUAUGGGUUUGGGUUUAGGUCAAGUAUUCACAUUUUUAUUUUGGCAUAUGCAAGAAUUAAAUGGUUCACCAACAUUAUUUGGUAUUGCAUCAAUUAUCAAUCAUGUAUCAGAGAUAUUAAUGUAUCAAUUUAGUAAACAAAUAAUUGAUAAAAUUGGUCAUAUAAAAGUUCUGUAUUUGGGAUUAGUUGGCAAUGUGGCAAGAUUUCUUUAUGUCUCUUGGAUCACAAAUCCAUGGUGGAUACUUCCAUUUGAAUUUAUACAAGGUCUUACACAUGCUGGUGUGUGGGUAGCCUGUUGUUCAUAUAUUAUGCAAGCAUUCCAGCCGGAAUUUCGUUCGUCAACAUUAGGAUUUCUUCGUGCAAUACAUUAUGGUAUGGGACGUGGUCUAGGUGCCAUAUUUGGUGGACUUGUUAUAUCUAGUUAUGGAACUCCAGCAAUGUUUAGGGCGUAUGGAGCAGCAUCAGCUUUAGUUCUUUUAGGAUUUCUUUUAUUGAACUAUUUUAUGCCGAUUCCAGCGGCCAGUGAAGAAUCAAAUGAAGAUGAUAAAAUGUAUGGACAAAUUUCAUCAGACGGACGUAGUUCGAAUACAGGACAAUUUGGUAAUGUAUUCCAAACAACUGAAGUAACUCAUGACUACUAUUUACAAAAUGAACAAAAAUCAAAUCAAUUCCAACGACAACAAUAA